AUGAGUAGCAUCUUCGGUUCAACCUGGCGCCACGCAGGAAGUUCGUCUCCUUGGUCUUCCCCAGAACAGACUAAGAAUCUCGACCCUCCUCCCAACUGGGGUGGCGUCCAGAACCUGAUCGAUGAGACGCAGGUAUCUCUUUUUGAUGCCUUUCAGAAGCUAUCUCGUCUUCGAAGCGACAGGAACAUAGCAGUCCCACAACUCGUUGUCGUUGGUGAUCAGAGUAGCGGCAAAAGCUCUUUGCUGGAAGCUAUCGCCCGGUUCCCCUUCCCUGUGCACGGUGGUCUUUGCACCCGAUUCCCCAUCAAGCUCGUUCUCCGCAGAUCCUCGGAGGUACGAAUCAGCUACUUCAUAGAACCAGGAAGCUCACGGUCGGAUGAUGAUCGUGACAGGCUGUGCCGAUUCGAGGGUCGCCUGGCAGACACAAACAUGUUUGGCGACUGCCUGUCACGGGCAGCAGCCGUCCUUGGAGUACCUGCACCUCUUGGCUAUGAUAAGCUGCGAGAUGGAACGUCCGUCUACCAAGAGACUUCGGCAGGGUUCACGGAUGAUGUCCUUGUCGUCAAUCAAUCUGGUCCACAGCUGCCUUACCUCGAUGUGUUGGAUUUACCUGGGAUCUUUCAAGCCAGUUCCUAUGGGCAAACAGAUGCAGACCGGGCAAUCGUCACGGCCAUGGUCGAGAAGUACAUCAAAGAGGAGAGCAACCUGAUUCUGCUAGUCACCCAUGCUGGGAACUCUUACAACAACUCCAAUGCGGUGCAGGUGGUCCAAAGCAUCCUGUCUCGCGACUCUCACCUGGCACAGCGACUUAUUGGGGUUCUCACUCACCCUGAAUUCGCACAUGACACCGAUGCUCUUGAGCAAGCAAGAGACAUACUUCAUGGCCGAAAAGACAGCGCUAUACCAAAAUGGCAUGUUGUUAAGAAUUGGAACAGAUCGGACACUAUUCGUGUUCCUUUACAACAGCGAGAUGAUCAGGAAGAAGCAUGGUUUCUCGACGCUGCUAAUGGCUGGGACGAUGCGCCAAAGACAAAGGUAGGUACCAAGGCGCUCAGGAUGGCUCUCAAAGACAUGAUCUGGAAGCACAUUAAAGCCAUGCUCCCAAAGCUUGUGGAUAGGCUUCAGAAAGAGACGGCUGCUAUCAAAGAUCGCAUUGAUUUGAAUGGAAUUUUGAGGGUCGAUGACCGUGGCCGUCGGGCGUAUCUCUCGCGUAUCGCUUUGGAAUUUGAAAGGUUUGCAACACAAGGAUGUCAGGGAACAUACAUCAACCCAUCGUGUCGGAAGCCUCACCUGAGCAGCACUAGCUGCCGGACCUGCCGUGGAUUCUUUGGAAAGUUUGGCAAAGAGAACCCACUCGAACAGGACAAAAAGCUGCGAGCAAACAUCAAGGCACUGAGCACACUGUUUGCUUCAGCACUUCACGAAUGUGGCAGAACUCAAGGGAUAAAUGGCACAAACCAUAGCGCGCCUGUUCGAAAAACCGAGGACUUGUUAGCGAGUGUGAUCCCGGCUGAUCCAGCUCAGACUCUGAAGCGAGAUAGUGUGGAUAAAGGCGGUGAUAAAUCGUGCACGAUUGAGAACGUCGUCCAGGCAACGUAUGACACUCUGAUGGAUGUUGUCAGUACCUCUUACCAUGAGGAUAAGGUCACAGAAGGGAUUGUUGCCGAAGCUGUCAAAGCCCAAUACUACACACAUGAUAAGUCUGGACUCACCACUCGGGAAGAGCAUGAGCGCUGGGUCGCCGAACGUAUCCAACGGUGGAGUGGUGGCGAAGCUCCGGGAGAAACCAAUCCUGUCGUCUUUUCGGGACUUUCUGAAUGGCAGUCAGAGAAGUGGGCUGACAUCGCAAGUCAGCACUUGGAUGCUGUUUGGCGCGCUGUACGCCGAUUCAUCGACGCAGUGCUGAGCGCAGCCUGCGAUGACGAGGAUGUUCGCCAGGCUCUUCGGGAACACCAAAUCCUCCCCAAGCUUGGCGAAAUGGAGGCGACUUCUCACGGCGACUUGCGGAGGCUGCUUGACUGCCAUGGGAGGGAUAGCACGUGGUUUUCUCAUGGCUUCGUCAAUCUGGCUCGUCUGCGGCACGAAAAAGACCCGCUUGCUAGUGAUCAGGGAAUGGGAGGCCAGCCUAUCGUCUCCCACAAACUCUUGGACUUGGCCAAGGAGGCCAUCAUGAAAAGCCUAUUCGCCCAAGGUCUAGGUUCUGAGGUCGUCUCUCGCGUAGUUCAAUCAAGCCUUGAAGGAGUCUUUGGCUCGCACCGUAACUCCACCGAAGCGGCGGUCAUAGGGCUUGCCACGGCUGAUUACAACAUUUCCGCAGCAUCGCGCGUCAUUUUGCAGGAAGAGACCUGUUACGAGAUGAGCAUGAUAGCCUUCGUAGGCUACGUCAACACGUGGGUUGUUGGACAAGGGAUCCUGGACCAGCUGCCCGCUGAGAUCCUUACGCAGGAGAUGGUCCGCGAAAUGAAUGAAGGGAUGGUCGAGAAGAUUGCUGGCCAAACCGAGACAGUCAUGGCGCAGCAUGCACGAGACAACCUGGACCUCCAGACAAUGAACGAGGUAUUGAAGACGAUGAGGAAGUAUACGAAGGCCUAG